AUGGUAGCUUGCAGUCCCCUUCUCAAGCCCAUUGCAGACCAAGUACUCGGCUCACGGUCCGGUGCCCGGCACGACAGUUCAGGCGGAACCUUGGCUCGGAAUCUUGGUAUAAAGUUAAGAUCGUUGGUUAAGAGCGAUAACAAGGGGACAGUUGACUCUUCGCCUUCAAUGACAGUCACAUUUGAGCAGUCCUCGGAUAUUGAGCAUGACACACGCGGCAGGCUUGGGAACAUAGGCACAUACCAAGCCAGGAUCCAAGCUCAACAUAAUCCUUAUUCGGAUCGAGAUGUUAGCGGUAAAACGGCCUUUGGUAACGAGCAGAUUACAGUUACACGGCAGGCAAUUGUAACAAGGAGCUGA